UUUUUUUUUUUUUUUUUUUCAGAGUGUCCUUGCUUCCACCACCUGCUCGCUUCUCAAGGCCUCUCCGCCCCAUGCUUCUCCCCUCCCCUCAUUUCCCUCUCCCCAUCCUCUCCUCCCUGUCUGUACAGCCAUACUCUUCUUUCCACCACAUGCUGGCCUCUGAAGGCCUCCCUGCCCUGCUCCCCCCCCCCGCCCCUGCCCUCCUGGCCCUCCCCCUCUCCUCUCCGUCCACCACCCCUUGCACACCUGUAACUGUUCCUCCAUACGAGCCUCCCCUUCCUUCCACCACAUGCUGACCUCUGAAGGCCUACUUGCCGUGCUCUCCCCCUUCCCCUUCGUGCCCUACCCCCACCCCUUGCACCCCUGACGCUGUUCCCAGUCCAUACGAGCCUCCCCUUCCUUCCACUAUAUGCUGGCUUCUGAAGGCCUCCCUCCUGCCUCCGUACGAGCCUACCCUUCCUUCCACCACAUGCUGGCAUCUCAAGGCCUCCCUGCCGUGCUGCCUGGAGUGAAGACACUGGAGGAAGGAGUGGCAGUGUAUCGUCGGUUCUACUCCGAGGAGAAGGAGCAGCGAGCUGGAGUGCUUGCAAUAAGAGUGGGCCCUGCUAUAACGGGGGCCGGAAAGGAGGAGGGUGUUUACCAGGCAUGCGGAUCUGCUGACGUGGAUGGACGUCAUGCUGAUGUGGAAUCUCAAUUGGGCUCGCUCAUUCAUCGAAUCCUUGUCGCCAUGGGUCCAGGUGGCGUGAGCCGAUUGGUGGGGAUGCGAGUGACUGAGGGGACCGUGCUGACUGCCCUUCCCCCCUCUAGCUCGGCUCUCCUUGCGUCGUUUCAAAAACCCGUGGGGGCGGAGUCCAAGGGAGGAAGCAGCGGCAGAGGCAGGCACGGCGGGAAAUGGUGCAGAAGCAAGUAGAGCAUAGAAAGCAACAGCGAAAGAAGCAGCAGGAGCAGAGAGAGCAGGAGCAGAGAGAGCAGGAGCAGAAGGCCAGACUAGAUAUAUGUGCAUCAGAGUGCGAAGAGUGCUGCUGCUGCAGACGAGAGCCAGAAACAAGCCAAUCCGAGAGGAGUGAGGUGUGCGUGUGCAGGGGCGCGCUGGGGACGUCUGAAGGGCAAUCAGCUCACUUGGAGGCGUCUCGGGUGCAGGCCUCCGAAGGGCCGUCUCAGUUCACUUGCACGUGUGGAGGAGGAUGUCAGUGGGCGUCAGACAUGGGUCCAUCUACAGGAAGAGGUUCGGAGGCAUCAUCGAUGGCGCCAUGCACCACUGGUGACAUGCACAUGGUGCCAUGCACUACUGGUGACAUGCACAUGGUGCCAUGCACCACUGGUGACAUGCACAUGGCGCCAUGCACCUGCAGAGGAGGACGUUUGGAGGCAUCAUUGAUGGCGCCAUGCACCACUGGUGACAUGCAGAUGGUGCCAUGCACAUGCACCCGAGGUGCAGGAGGAGGGUCCGCUCACGAUUGUGCUCUUGACGAACUAGUGCCAGCUCCCUCACGACAUAUUCAUAGCCACUCACAAUCAGCACUUCUGAAGCCGCAUCCGCGGGCCCACGUGGAGGCACUUACAGUGGAGCCAGAGCCCUGUCGAAACACUACCAAACUCAACCAGCAGUCUGCUCACACGAUCCAGAAUCACCUGCAGGCUCUCUAGCCACUCACGCCCAACCACCUUUAACUUCAAGCGUCCUUCCCCGAGGCAAUGUGGAGGCACUCCCAGUGGGAGCUGGGCUGCUGUCAGAGCACUGCUGCACACAGCGACCAGCAGUGGGCGACUCAGAAGCACCUACUGCCGUAGGGCACACACUGCAACCAGCACCCUCGAGGCCUCAUCCCCGAGCCAACGUGGAGGCACUCACAGUGGGAGCCAGGGCUCUGUCGAAGCACUGCCACCGGGGGCGUGAGGGAUUUUGGGGCGAUGCUUCUGGACCAGAUGCAAAGAAGAACCAGCACGCCUUGGCGUGUGUCAAGAACCUAUUAGACAAUGCCACGUGGAUGAAUGUGCAUGCCUUGCCGCACGACCUGCCAGUGUUUGAAUUGCGGGAAGCCUGAAGGGUACGGGGCGAGAUGGAGUGCAGAUGGCUCACAGUUCCGAGGAUUCCUCGAGCCUCAGAUGCCUGAUGGCCAUGAGAGGAGGUGGCGACACUGACACUACAACAUUGCACAGGGGGGCACCUCAAGUGCCGCAGUUCCGAGGAUUUCUCAAACCUCGGAUGCCUGAUGGGCAUGAGAGGAGAUGGAGGCGCUGAUGACACUGCAGCAUUGCACGGGUGGGGGGGGCACUUCAAGUGCCUCAGUUCCGAGGAUUCCUGGAGCCUCAGAUGAUGCCUGGUGGGCAUGAGAGGAGAUGGAGGCACUGAUGACAGUGCAGCAUCACUGGGCAACAUCAUCACGUCACUCACACAUACGCAAGAGGCUCUUCUUGCCCCUUUCACUGGGAAAAAGGUUCAGAUGCCCGAUGGCCAUGAGAGGGGAUGGAGGCUCUGAUGACACUGCAGCAUCGCUAGGCUACGCCAUCAUCCACACAUGCGUGCGGGGGUUUUAUUGCCUCUUGCAAUGGAACAGGGGCCUCGGGGCUUUGAGACGGGAUGGGGCAGUUGACAACACCGCGAUAUUUCUAGGCUACACCAUCAACCACACAUGUGUGGGGGUUUUCUUGCUUCUUUCAAUGGAACAGGGGCUCGUCGCUCGAUAGCCAUUUGUGGAGAUAGUAGGAUUGGUGAUAAUACGACGUUUCUCGGCUGUGUCGUGUAACU